AUUUAAAGUAUGGCAACACUAACAAACGAAAAAGAAAAUUUUUAGAAGUUAUUUUUGCUGUUCUAAUUUAAGAAAAUUAAAAGGAUUAUUUUAUUAACUUUUAAAAUAAAAUAUAGUGUGAAAUUAAGCUAAAUUUCUAAUAAAAUACAUUUUAAUAAUAGAAUAUAAGAAUUCAAAGAAAAAAGGGUUAAGAAAAAAAAUAUUUUCCAAUAUAUUAGAAGUAUAAUGGCGUUGCAAAAACUUGCAAAUUGCAAAGUAAUUUAAAUUAUCCAAAAAAAGAAAAGUAGAAAUUACAGAUUUAAGAAAUCAAAAAGUACAAUAAAAUGGAAGUUGCACAACAGCAGUCAAAUUUCAAUUCCCAAAACAACAAUAUAUCAAUUAGUGAUAAGCCAUUCAGAUCUCAUCAUCAUCAUUAUGGUGGGCAUCAUUUUGGUGCUGGCAAACCAGGGCACCCAUUUUUUAAACCUUUCAACUUUGGUAGAGGACCUGGUGGUAUUACAGUGGAUGAUUUCGAUGGGAAACGUUUAAGAAAGAGUGUUAUGCGAAAAACUGUAGAUUAUAACGCAUCUAUUGUUAAAGAAUUAGAGAAUCGAUUAUGGCAGAGAGAUUAUCGUGAUAGACAUGCAUUGCAACCAGAAAAUAUAUAUAUUCCAGAACUAUUGCCACCACCUAGUUAUUUAGAUAAUCCUGCUAAUUCAGUAACAACAAAAUUUGUUAAAACUGCCACCAACAAAAUGCGAUGUCCAAUUUUUACAUUAGCUUGGACUCCAGAAGGACGGCGUUUAGUGACAGGGGCUAGCUCUGGUGAAUUUACUUUGUGGAAUGGCCUUACAUUUAAUUUCGAGACAAUUUUGCAGGCUCAUGAUGUUCCUGUAAGGACGAUGGUUUGGUCCCAUAAUGAUAGUUGGAUGAUUACAGGUGAUCAUGCUGGUUAUGUAAAAUAUUGGCAGUCAAACAUGAAUAAUGUAAAAAUGUAUCAAGCCCAUAAGGAACCUAUUAGAGGAAUAAGUUUUAGUCCAACGGAUUGUAAAUUUGUAAGUUGCAGUGAUGACGGUACAUUACGUGUUUGGGAUUUUUUACGAUGUCAAGAGGAGAGAGUAUUAAGAGGCCAUGGUGCAGAUGUAAAAUGCGUUCACUGGCAUCCACAAAAAUCGUUAAUAGUCUCUGGAAGCAAAGACAACCAACAGCCAAUAAAACUUUGGGAUCCAAAAAGUGGAAGUGCUUUGGCAACCCUUCAUGCUCAUAAAUCGACUGUAAUGGAUCUGAAAUGGAAUGAUAAUGGAAAUUGGUUAAUAACUGCAUCAAGGGAUCAUUUAUUGAAACUAUUUGAUUUAAGAAAUUUAAGAGAAGAAGUACAAGUUUUUCGCGGUCAUAAAAAAGAGGCGAGUUCAGUUAGUUGGCAUCCAAUUCAUGAGGGUCUAUUUUCUUCAGGUGGCUCUGAUGGUUCAAUUUUAUUCUGGAAUGUCGGGACUGACAAAGAAAUUGGUAAUAUUGAAAAUGCACAUGAAAGUAUUGUGUGGACAUUAGCUUGGCAUCCGUUAGGUCAUAUUUUAUGUUCUGGUUCAAAUGAUCACACUAUUAAAUUUUGGACAAGAAAUAGACCUGGCGAUUUCAUGAGAGAUAAAUACAACUUAAAUACAUUACCAGCUAGUUUAGCUGGGUUAGAUGAAUGUGAUUUAGACGAAAAUCUUGUAAUUCCUGGUAUGGGACCAGAAGACAAAGUUGAAUUUACUGAAAGUUUAAUAGCGGAUAAGGGUUCAAUUCCAGGCCUUGAAUUAGAUACAAGCGCUAUAGAAGAUAAAAAAGAAAAGAAAGUACCUUAUAGUAAACCUAUUCCAAGAAACUUUCAAGCUCAAUGGAACGAUACAGGAAAUAGAAUAGAAGACAAUGAAGAAAAUGCAUCAAAAGAAAUUAAAGAAGUUAUUACACAGUUAGCUGAAAAAGCUCCUGGUGCCGUCCCACUAGAAAAACUUUCUCCAACAGCUAUAAUAGUAUAUGGAAAAGUUGUUCCAGUUCUGCCGGGUAGUAAUUUGCAAACAGCAAUAUUAGCCGGUCCUGAUUCGCUAAAUAGAUACAUUAGUUCUGGUGAAAUAGAAGAAUUAGCAGAUGUACUCCCACCUGUAGAAGAAGUUCGUAAUACAAAUUCUGAAGAGGUUUCAAAUACAACUUCAGAACCACGGCGAAAAAAAUCGCGUUUUAGUGAUGCUGUGCCAAUACGAAAUCAUAAUGCACAAAUGGUAUACGGUCAUGAUAGCGAUUUGAGAAACAUUACAGGAUUACAGCCGCAGCAACUUUUACAGCUUCAGCAAAUUCAACAGCAGUAUCAACAACAGCAAUUACUUCAACAGCAGCAGCAGCAACAACAGCAACAACAACAGCAACAAAAACCAUUUAUACCGUCAUUACUGAACAUUAAGGUACCAGAACCAGAAGAGUUCAAAUCCAAAAUAUCACCCCGCGAUAAAGAUUUUCGUUUUGAUGAUGAAGAUGAUGAUGAUGAUGAGCGUGCGCCUUGGGAUCAAAAACCCAAUGGUUUUCAAUCAUUUAUACAAGGAAACAACAUAUUUGGUAAUACUGGUGGAAAUUUUGGAAGCGGGAAUUUCACUGGCAAUUCGGACAAUUUUGAUAGAAAUUUUAAUUCUAACAAUGGAAAUAAUGGUGGCAGGGGCCGGCCUUCAAGAUUUAGCGAUAUUAAUGAUAAAACUGAUCGAUUUGACAAUUUUAAUAGUAAUAGUAAUGAUGAUAGUAAUUAUGGCCGCGAUAGAGAUCGAAGAGGUAGUGGAAGCAGAAUGAAUAGCAAUCGCAACCAAAACCGGAAUAAUAGAAAUAAUAGAAGAUUUUAAUUUAAAAAAAAAUAAAAAAAUACACAUACAUACUUUUUUUCUUUUGUAGUUUUGUAAAUAAAAGAAAUUAUCAUUGAUAUUGCGGUGAAAUAUCCGUAAUAAAUUGUAUUAUCUAGAAAUUCAUAAAAAUAAGUCCUACCAACAUAAAUAAAUAAUAUAUUAUACA